AUGAAGGGGGGGGCUUCGGCGGGAGGAUUCCCGGGGGCGUCGCCUGCUUCCGCCGCCGCCUCCUUCAGUGAAAGUCCCUUUUGGGUCCAGCUGCCACAGCCACCGCGCUCCCUCAGGCCGGGCGGGGGACACCCCAGGUCUGCGUGGCCCCCGCGCCGCCACGCCCAGUGGUCGCCCGAGCCCUGCGAGCAGGGGGAGGAGCCGCGGCCAGUGGAGGCGGAGGAGGUAGAGGAGGCGGAGACGGCGGAGACGGCGGAGAAGGCGGAGAGGAAGGUGGAGGCGGAGGCGAAGGUGGAGGGGAAGGCGGAGGCGGCGGGGAAGGUGGAGGCGGCGGGGAAGGUGGACGCCACCGAGAAGGUGGAGACGGCGGGGAAGGUGGACGCCGCCGGGAAGGUGGAUACGGCGGAGGGUCCGGGCCGCCGGGCUGAGCUCAAGCUGGAGCCCGAACCCGAGCCAGUCCGGGAGGCGGAGCAGGAGCUGGAGGAUGAGAACCCAGCGCGGAGCGGCGGUGGCGGCAACAGCGACGAGGUUCCUACCCCCACCCUUCCCUCCGAUCCACCGCGGCCCCCCGAUCCCUCUCCGCGUCGCAGUCGUGCGCCGCGCCGCCGACCCCGGCCCCGGCCCCAGACCCGGCUCCGUACCCCGCCGCAGCCUAGGCCCCGGCCCCCGCCCCGGCCCCGGCCCCGGCGCGGCCCUGGGGGCGGAUGCCUGGAUGUGGAUUUUGCCGUGGGGCCACCAGGCUGUUCCCACGUGAACAGCUUUAAGGUGGGAGAGAACUGGAGGCAGGAACUGCGGGUUAUCUACCAGUGCUUCGUGUGGUGUGGAACCCCAGAGACCAGGAAAAGCAAGGCAAAGUCGUGCAUCUGCCAUGUGUGUGGCACCCAUCUGAACAGACUCCACUCUUGCCUUUCCUGUGUCUUCUUUGGCUGCUUCACGGAGAAACACAUUCACGAGCACGCAGAGACGAAACAACACAACUUAGCCGUAGACCUGUAUUACGGAGGUAUAUACUGCUUUAUGUGUAAGGACUAUGUAUAUGACAAAGACAUUGAGCAAAUUGCCAAAGAAGAGCAAGGAGAAGCUUUGAAAUUACAAGCCUCCACCUCAACAGAGGUUUCUCACCAGCAGUGUUCAGUGCCAGGCCUUGGUGAGAAAUUCCCAACCUGGGAAACAACCAAACCAGAAUUAGAACUGCUGGGGCACAACCCGAGGAGAAGAAGAAUCACCUCCAGCUUUACGAUCGGUUUAAGAGGACUCAUUAAUCUUGGCAACACGUGCUUUAUGAACUGCAUUGUCCAGGCCCUCACCCACACGCCGAUACUGAGAGAUUUCUUUCUCUCUGACAGGCACCGAUGUGAGAUGCCGAGUCCCGAGUUGUGUCUGGUCUGUGAGAUGUCGUCGCUGUUUCGGGAGUUGUAUUCUGGAAACCCGUCUCCUCAUGUGCCCUAUAAGUUACUGCACCUGGUGUGGAUACAUGCCCGCCAUUUAGCAGGGUACAGGCAACAGGAUGCCCACGAGUUCCUCAUUGCAGCGUUAGAUGUCCUGCACAGGCACUGCAAAGGUGAUGAUGUCGGGAAGGCGGCCAACAAUCCCAACCACUGUAACUGCAUCAUAGACCAAAUCUUCACGGGUGGCCUGCAGUCUGAUGUCACCUGUCAAGCCUGCCAUGGCGUCUCCACCACAAUAGACCCAUGCUGGGACAUUAGUUUGGACUUGCCUGGCUCUUGCACCUCCUUCUGGCCCAUGAGCCCAGGGAGGGAGAGCAGUGUGAACGGGGAAAGCCACAUACCAGGAAUCACCACCCUCACAGACUGCUUGCGGAGGUUUACGAGGCCAGAGCACUUAGGAAGCAGUGCCAAAAUCAAAUGUGGUAGUUGCCAAAGCUACCAGGAAUCUACCAAACAGCUCACAAUGAAUAAAUUACCUGUCGUUGCCUGUUUUCAUUUCAAACGGUUUGAACAUUCAGCCAAACAGAGGCGCAAGAUCACUACAUACAUUUCCUUUCCUCUGGAGCUGGAUAUGACACCGUUUAUGGCCUCAAGUAAAGAGAGCAGAAUGAAUGGACAAUUGCAGCUGCCAACCAAUAGUGGAAACAACGAAAAUAAGUAUUCCUUGUUUGCUGUGGUUAAUCACCAAGGAACCUUGGAGAGUGGCCACUAUACCAGCUUCAUCCGGCACCACAAGGACCAGUGGUUCAAGUGUGAUGAUGCCGUCAUCACUAAGGCCAGUAUUAAGGACGUACUGGACAGUGAAGGGUAUUUACUGUUCUAUCACAAACAGGUGCUAGAACAUGAGUCAGAAAAAGUGAAAGAAAUGAACACACAAGCCUACUGAAGUGACACACAGACCUACCCGCAAUGGAAGAUGACGACACCAAUACUACAACUGGCAUCGAGAUCUAAAGGACCUACUUGACCAUGGCCCAUGGGCCUGACAGAGUAAGAAUUGAACAGUACCCAGUGUCCAAAAGGUCCUGAUUGGAAGAGAAAUAGAAGGGGAGGGAGAAGAGGCUCUAGUCUAAGCAGUUGAUGAAAGGGAAAUUAAAUGGUAGAAACACUCUGGGUGAGGAAGGCAGGAGCAGGUAAAUGCUGACACUGGUACAUAUCCUAUAUUCCUCCAAAAGAUUGUGUGGGAAAGUGUGGGGGGGAGGGGGGUGGUGGGGGGGUGUGUGCCCUUGUAACCGUAAAACAUCUUUCUCCAUGGGUGUUUCAGCUUCAAUUGACCAAUCACAUAACAGUUAUAUGUUUGGGGGGAAAAAGAAAAGUUUCUAAAAAAUGUAGCCCAUUACAUAUAUGGGUAUGAAAGCAGAAAAGUGGAGGAGGCAGGGAUAUCAUUGACAAACACCUUUGCCAGUUUCUUUGUAUUCGUGAUUUUUUGUGCUAUUAAAUGCAGUAUUAAAACAAGAAAAGCCCACCUGGGCUAGUGAAAGGAGAGGAAAUAAGGGGGCUUGUAUAAGGGGAGCAGUCGCUCCAAAAGUAGAGAAGACAAGAAAUGCUGUAAGAUAAGCAACCAACGCAGACAGGCCUCAGCUAAGAGUAUAGUGUGUGUGUGUGUUUAAAAAAAAAAAAAAAAAAAAAAAAAAAAAAAGCUGUAUGAUAUACUUGAGCAAAUCAAUGAACCUCUUUGCGAUUGUUUUAUCAUCUGUAAAAUGCAGAUAAUUCCUACCUUAAAGGGUUAUUGUUAAAGAUUAAAUGAUAUAAAAAUGUGUCAAAGUAUAAAGUAAAAGGCUUGGAACUUUG